AUGUCUCAUGGAGCCUCUUUUCUCUCCACAGAGACGCGGGCGCUGCCCCAGGAGCUGAACGAGGCCCCACCGGAGCGGAGCGCGGCGCGGCGCAGUAGGGCAGCCGGCAUGGCGCACAAGCAGGCAGUGAAUGGACAUGCCACCCCCACAGCUCACCCAGAAGACAUCCCAGGAGGAAGUCACUUCCAUCAGGUCAUGCAGCCUGGCAAGCAGGGACAGACGGGUGUGGAGCCACACAGUGUCAGAGAGGCCCAGCCGGGGACUGGGACCAUUGCUGGGGUGUAUGUGGAGGCUUCCAAAAAGACAAUGAGUUUUUAUGAUGCCACCAGAGAGCAUUUCCUGAUGUCUGAGCCAGCACUUGCUCUUCUGGAGGCUCAGGCAGCCACAGGCUUCCUCAUUGACCCGGUGGGGAACAAGCAGCUCUCCGUGGCAGAGGCUGUGAGAUUGGGGCUGGUAGGCCUGGAGCUGAAAGAAAAGCUGCUGUCUGCAGAGAGAGCAGCAACUGGCUUCAUGGACCCCUACACGGAUGAGAAGAUCUCGCUCUAUCAAGCCAUCCAAAAAGAGCUGCUCGGGCGGGAGCAGGGUGCCCGUUUGCUGGAGGUCCAGAUCGCCACAGGGGGCCUUGUGGAUCCAGCCACCAGCCACCGCGUCCCCAUGGAGGUUACCUACGAGCAGGGACACUUUGGUGACGAGAUGAGCCAGCUCCUCUCUGACCCCAGCUCUGCUGCUGCCAGAGGGUUUCUUGACCCAAACACCAGCGAGAGGGUCACCUAUCGGGAGCUUAAGAAACGGUGCAUCAUCGAUCCGACCACAGGGCUCCUCCUCUUGCCUCUGAAAAUCACCUUCCCGGGGCUGAGAGGGAGAGUGAGCAGCAGUGAGCUGCUCAGCUCCAGCAUCAUCGACAUGGAAACGUUCAGGGCCCUCCAGGAAGGCCGGGUCUCCGUCCAGGAGGUAGCAGAGAUGGACCAUGUUCAGCAGUACCUGGAGGGCACGGGAAGCAUUGCAGGUGUUGCCGUACUGCCUACCGGAGAAAGGAAGAGUCUGUACCAGGCGCUGACAGAGCAUCUCCUCAUGCCAGGCACAGCACUGGCCCUCCUGCAGGCCCAGGCUGCCACCGCCUGCCUGACAGAGCCCACCAAGACCCAGAGACUCUCAGCUGAUGAUGCUGUCAAGGCUGGUGUGGUUGGGCCGGAGCUCUAUGAGAAGCUGUCGUCCGCUGAGAGAGCCGCCACUGGGUACCGAGACCCCUGCACUGGGGAGCUGCUCUCUCUGUUUCAAGCCAUGAGUAAGGGGCUCGUUGCCAGGGACCAGGGGACUUACCUACUAGAGGCCCAGCUGGCCACUGGUGGCCUCAUCGAUCCAGUCCACAAUCACCGUGUCCCAGUGGAGAUGGCCUGCCAACGGGGCUACCUCGAUGAAGACAUGAAGCGGCUCCUCUUCCAUCCCACCCAUGACAUCAAAGGGUUCUUCGACCCCAACACGAAGGAGACCCUGAUGUAUGCAGAGUUAUUGGAGAGGUGCGUCACUGACCCAGACACCGGUCUCCGCCUGCUGCCACUCUUCGGAGAUGAUGGGGAAGGGUCUCGGGGCGUGCAGUCCUUCAUUGACCACAGGACCCGAAUGGCUUUGGAAAACACAACAGUACCUGUGGCCUGUGGCAAAUUCAAGGGGAAGUCGGUGUCGCUCUGGAAACUCCUCUUCUCAGACUACUUCACAAGUGUGCAAAGGGCCACACUUACCCAGCAGUGCCUCACCGCGACUCUCUCCAUGCAGGAACUGGCUAAGACCAUCAGCACCGCCGUUCAGCAAAUGGCUUCCACUGCCAAUAUCACCUUUGAAGGCCUGAGGCACAAGGUGACCCCUAGCCAGCUCUUGAGUGCUGAAAUCAUCAACAGGGAUUUGUUUGAGAAGCUGAGCCAAGGGGAGACAUCAGCCAGAGAAGUUGUCAGCAUGGACACAGUCAGGAAGUACCUGGAAGGGACAGGCAGUAUCAGUGGGCUGCUGCUGCCCGAUUCCCAGGAGAAAAUCAGUAUCUACCAGGCAAAGAGGAAAGGCCUUCUAAUGCCAGGGACGUCCCUCAUCCUCCUCGAGGCACAGGCUGCCACUGGAUUCAUCAUCGACCCAGCUGCUAACAAGAAAUAUUCUGUGGAGGAGGCUCUGCGAGCCAACAUCAUCGGCCCAGAUAUUUACAACAAGCUGCUGGCAGCAGAGAGAGCAGUCACUGGCUACAAAGACCCCUACACUGGCAACAAGAUCUCCCUCUUCCAGGCCAUGAGCAAAGGCCACAUUGUCAAAGACCAUGGCAUCCGCCUGCUGGAGGCCCAGAUCGCCACCGGCGGCAUCAUCGAUCCCGUGCACAGUCACCGAAUCCCUGUGGAGGUGGCUUACAAGCGGGGCUACUUCGACAAGAAGAUGAACCUGAUCCUCUCUGACCCCAGCGAUGACACCAAGGGCUUCUUCGACCCCAACACGCACGAGAACCUCACGUACUUGCAGCUGAAGGAGAAGUGCAUCACAGAGCCCUCCACCGGACUCUGCCUCCUGCCUCUGAACAGCAAGAAGCGCCAGUUCAUCGAUGACACCACCAAACAAGCCUUCAGGAGCACCUGGCUCCUCGUGAAGUACGGGAGAUUCCGAGGAGAAAGGGUCUCCGUGUGGGACCUGUUGAAUUCUGAGUAUUUCAGCGAGGGAAAGCGGCGGGAGAUAUUGAAUCACUACCAGCUGCGGAAGCUCACUCUGGAGCAGAUCCGACUCAUGUUGGAGGAAGAGAUGAAAAAAUGGGCCCACAUCAAAUUCCCAGCCAUGAGAGGCAGCGUCACGGCCUACCACCUGCUAGAAACUGGCAUCAUAGACAAGGCCCUGUUUGAGAGGGUGCUGGAGGGAGCCGUGAGCCCGGAGGAUGUCCUGCGCAUGGACUCUGUCCAUAAAUACCUCUAUGGCUCUGGCAGCAUCGGGGGGAUUGUGCUCCAGCCAUCAAACCAGAGAAUGAGCAUCUAUGAAGCCAUGAAGCAGAAGAUUGUGAUGCCAGGGGUGGCUCUCCCACUGCUUGAGGCCCAGGCCGCUACCGGUUUCGUCAUUGACCCAGUGAACAACCAGAAGCUGUGCGUUGAUGAAGCUGUAAGGGAAGGGGUUAUUGGGCCAGAACUCCAUGAGAAACUGCAGCACGCGGAAGGAGCCGUAAUGGGCUAUAAAGACCCUUUCACUGGGGAAAAGAUCUCCAUCUUCCAAGCCAUGAAGAAGGGCCUCAUCACCAACAAACAGGCUGUUCAGCUCAUGGAAGCCCAGAUUGCCACAGGAGGCAUCAUUGACCCCCACCGCGGCCACUAUGUCCCUGUGGAAUUUGCCCAGAAACAAGGCUACUUGGAUGAGGACAUGAGCAAAACCCUCUCUAGUGCCUCUGACAAUACCAGGGUCUACUGCGUUCCCAACAGCAAGGAGCCUGUGACCUACGCUCAGCUCAUCGCACGCUGCCAGAAGGACAAAAACUCUGGCCUCCACUUGCUGCCUUUGCCACAGACAGCGAUGCCUGGCCGCACGGAUGAGCAGAUCCAGCAGCUAUUCAAGGAGACCAUGGUGAAGGAGAAAGGAGUCUCCCUCUGGGAGCUGAUCCACUCUGGCUACUUCACUGAGGAGCAGAGAAAUGACUUUGUGGAGAAGUACCGGUCUGAGGCCGUGUCUGUCUGGCAGCUGGUCACUCUUGUCCUGAAGCUUGUUGAGGACAUAGAGCUGAAAGCCCACACCCACAUCACCUUCGAAGGCCUCAGGGGCAGCGUGCCGGCCGUCUGGCUGCUCGAUGCUGGCAUCAUUACCGAGAAGACGUUCGAGGAGCUGGCUCAGGGAACACGAACAGCCAGAGAAGUAGGCGAGAUGGAGAGCGUGAAGAGAUACUUACAGGGCACGGGGAGCAUUGCUGGGAUUUUCAUACAGGCCUCCAAGAAGAGGAUGAGCAUUUACCAAGCAAUGAAAAACAAUCUCCUCCUGCCAGGGACAGGGGAGUUGUUGCUAGAGGCUCAAGCAGCUACAGGAGCUGUUAUAGACCCAGUAACAAACCAGAAACGUGGUGUGGAGGAGGCGGUGAGAGCAGCCAUUGUCGGUGAGGAACUCAUGGAGACGCUGCUUCUAGCAGAGAGAGCAGUGACCGGUUACACAGACCCAUACACGGGGAACUCAAUCUCAGUCUGUCAGGCAAUCAGGAAAGGCCUCAUUCCCACGAGCGAUGGUGUUCGCUUCAUAGAGGCCCAGCUGGCUACAGGAGGGGUCAUCGAUCCCAUCCACCAUCAUCAUCUUCCUCUUCCUGCUGCCUACCUGCACGGCUUUUAUGAUGAAGAAAUGAACCAGGCCCUAUCCCAGCCCACUGACAACACCAAAGUCUUCUUUGAUCCAAACACAAAGGAAAACUUGACCUACCAGCAGCUGAAAGACAGGUGUGUCCCUGAUGCUGGGACAGACCUCUGGCUGCUACCUCUGUCUGAAACUGCAGCAUUCUAUGUGGACAAACACACCAUGGAGGUGCUGAAAUCUGUGACCGUCUGUGUUGCAGUAGGACGGUUCAAAGGGCAGACAGUUUCCGUCUGGGACCUUCUCAACUCCGAGUACAUCACAGACUGCAAGCAGAGAGAGCUGGUGGAACUAUACAAACAGGAGAAUGCUGUGGCCCUGCAAGAAAUCAUCACCACCGUUACCACAAUCAUUGAAGAAACUGAGAAGCAAGGCAAGAGGUUCACGUUCAAGGGCCUGCGGAAGCAGGUGUCUGCCAGCGACCUCUUCCAGUCUCAGCUGAUAGACAAGAAAACCCUGGAUGAACUCAAGCAGGGACAGAAAACUGUCAAAGAAGUCACGGAGAUGGACUCCGUCCGGAGAUACCUGGAGGGGGGUAACUUCAUAGCUGGAGUCCUAGUACAGCCAGCCAAUGAGAAGAUGAGCAUCUACCAGGCUAUGACGAGAGGAAUGCUGAGGCCGGGCACCGCGCUGGUGUUGCUGGAGGCACAGGCUGCCACCGGGUUUGUUAUUGACCCAGUGAAGAACAAGAGGCUGUCAGUGGAGGAGGCACUCGCUGCUGGGCUCAUUGGACAACAGGUCUAUGAGAAGCUGCUGUCAGCAGAGAGAGCAGUGACUGGAUACACUGACCCCUGCACAAAAGGCCAAAUCUCUCUCUUCGAAGCCAUGAACCAGGGGCUGAUCCUCAAGAGCCACGGCAUCCGCCUGCUGGAGGCCCAGAUCGCCACCGGCGGCAUCAUCGACCCCGUGCACAGUCACCGCCUCCCCGUGGAGGUGGCUUACAAGCGGGGCUACUUCGACGAAGAGAUGAACCGGAUCCUCUCUGACCCCAGCGACGACACCAAGGGCUUCUUCGACCCCAACACGCAGGAGAACCUCACCUACAUGCAGCUCCUGGAGAGAUGCGUGCAAGACCCAGAGACUGGGCUGUACAUGCUCCAAAUAGUAAAGCAUGGGGGGACAUACUUCUAUAUCGAUGAGUCAAUGAAACAAUUUUUACACUCAAAACCCAUUAAAAUGCAAGUUGGGAAGUUCAAAGGCCAAACUGUGUCCCUCUGGGACCUGCUCUGCUCUCAGUACAUCUCAGAACAGAAAAGAAAAGAACUAGUGAAGCAAUAUAAAUGUGAAACUCUGACAAUAGAACAGCUCAUCACAGUUAUCACCACCAUCAUUGAGGAAAUGGAACUCAGAACCCAAGACCUUCAGGUUAAAGGACUCAGAGGACAUGUAUCUGUGUCAGAGUUAUUCAACGCUGAGAUCAUUGACAAGACAACACUGGACAAUCUGCAAAAAGGAACUCUCACAGUCCAUAAACUGACACAAAUGGACUCUGUCAAGAGGUAUCUGGAAGGAACUGGCGGCAUUGCUGGAGUUCUGCUGCCAGCCAAGAAAGAGAAGAUGAGCAUCUACCAUGCCCUAGAGAGGGGUUUCCUAACACCAGAAUCAGCGCUGGUACUGCUGGAGGCGCAGGCUGCCAGCGGCUUUAUCACUGACCCGCUGAAGAAUGAGAAGCUGUCCGUCGAUGAAGCCGUCUCCGCCGGCCUGGUGGGCCGUGAGAUUCACGAGAAGCUGCUCUCUGCAGAGAGAGCAGUGACCGGAUACACUGACCCCUACACAGGCAACAAGAUCUCCCUCUUCCAGGCCAUGAAGAGAGACCUGAUAGUCAAGGACCACGGCAUCCCCCUACUGGAGGCCCAGAUCGCCACCGGCGGCAUCAUUGACCCCGUGCACAGUCACCGCCUCCCUGUGGAGGUGGCUUACAAGCGGGGAUAUUUGGACGAUGACACAUUUCUUCUUCUUUCUGAUCCAGAACAUGGCAACAAAAGAUUUAUGGAUCCUAACACCCAUGAAAAACUCAGUUAUGCCCAGCUCCUGCAGAGAUGUAGCAAAGACCCAGACACAGGACUGUGCCUGCUCCAGAUAACAGAAAAGAAGGAAGACUAUUUCUACAUUGAUGAGCAAACAAAAAAUACAAUGUUAUUAACCAUGGUUCAAGUACCAGUACGGAAAUACGAAGGACAUACUCCAUCUCUAUGGGAACUCCUGUGUUCUGACUAUAUAAGUGAGGAACAGAGGAAGGAAUUGGUAAAACAAUACAAAAAAGAAUGCACAGCUAUCCUACAAAAGAUCACUGAUACAAUCUUUACCAUUAUACAUGAAAAAGAGAGGAGCAGAAAAGAUAUAUGGUUCCAGGGAAUAAGACAACAAGUCACUGCAUCAGAACUAUUCAAUGCACAGAUAAUUACAAAAGACACAAUGGUAAAUCUAGACGAAGGAAAACAGACUGCAAAAGAUAUAGCAAAGAUGGAUUCUGUAAAGAGAUACCUCGAAGGAACUAGCUGCAUCGCCGGAGUCCUUGUGCCGUCCAACACGGACCCGUCCAAGACAGAGAAGAUGAGCAUCUACCAGGCCAUGGGGAAGGGGAUUCUGAGGCCGGGCACCGCGCUGGUGCUGCUGGAGGCGCAGGCUGCCAGCGGCUUUAUCACUGACCCGCUGAAGAACGAGAAGCUGUCCGUCGAUGAAGCCGUCUCCGCCGGCCUGGUGGGCCGUGAGAUUCACGAGAAGCUGCUCUCUGCAGAGAGAGCAGUGACCGGAUACACUGACCCCUACACAGGCAACAAGAUCUCCCUCUUCCAGGCCAUGAAGAGAGACCUGAUAGUCAAGGACCACGGCAUCCGCCUGCUGGAGGCCCAGAUCGCCACCGGCGGCAUCAUCGACCCCGUGCACAGUCACCGCCUCCCCGUGGAGGUGGCUUACAAGCGGGGCUACUUCGAAGAGAUGAACCAGAUCCUCUCUGACCCCAGCGACGACACCAAGGGCUUCUUCGACCCCAACACGCACGAGAACCUCACCUACAUGCAGCUCCUCAGCAGAUGCGUCCCAGACCCAGACACGGGGCUCCUGAUGCUUCAGCUGAUGCACAAAGGCUCCGUGCUCUUCCAGCUAGAUGAAAAAACACGAAUCUCCUUACAGUCUGCCCCUGCCAGCGUCAGCGUGGGACUCUUCCAGGGGCAGAACGUGACCGUGUGGGAGCUUCUCUUCUCCAGAUACGUCCCUGACCAAAAAAGGCAGGAGCUUCUGAGGAAGUACAAAGCGGGGACGCUAACCAUUCAGGAAAUGACAACCAUCAUCACCGCCCUCAUCACCGAGGCAGAGCAAAAGAGCAGCAGAGAGCCCAGGCACGCCUUGAAGACUACGACAGUCAACGGGCCGGGGGGCGAGUUCCAAGGGCGAAAGGUCUCUGUGUGGGAUCUGCUCUUCUCCAAAUACGUCCUUGAAGAGAAAAGACAAGAGCUUCUAAAGAAGUACAAAGCAGGGACGCUAACCAUUCAAGAAAUGAUCACCGUCGUCACCACCCUCAUCACCGAGAGAGAAAAAGAGCGCCAACAGCCCGGAGGCGUGGAAGGCCCCUGCCGAGAGGAGAGAACAUCCGGGAGAGCUGCCAGCGCCCCUUCUCCACAGGACCAACAAGCGGAAAAGACUCUCCGGCUCGCGACCGUCGAUGUAUCGGUCGGCGAGUUCCAAGGGCGAAAGGUCUCCGUGUGGGAACUCUUCUCCAAAUACCUCUCGGAAGAGAAAAGGCAGGAGCUCCUGGAGCAGUACCGAGCAGGGACGGUGACUCUGGAGGAGCUGGUCAGAACCCUCACCACCAUCGUUGAGGAGACAGAAGAGAGAAGCAAAAUGAAGUUCUCAGGCCUCAGGAGGCAGGUGACUGCCUCAGAGCUGUUCAGCUCUGACAUUAUUGACCAGAACACGCUGACUGAACUCACCCAGGGCACCAAGACGGUGCAGGAGAUCACGGAAAUGGAUUCCGUAAAGAGAUACCUCGAAGGAACUAGCUGUAUCGGAGUCCUUGUGCCGCCCAACACGGACCCGUCCAAGACAGAGAAGAUGAGCAUCUACCAGGCCAUGGGGAAGGGGAUUCUGAGGCCGGGCACCGCGCUGGUGCUGCUGGAGGCGCAGGCUGCCAGCGGCUUUAUCACUGACCCGCUGAAGAACGAGAAGCUGUCCGUCGAUGAAGCCGUCUCCGCCGGCCUGGUGGGCCGUGAGAUUCACGAGAAGCUGCUCUCUGCAGAGAGAGCAGUGACCGGAUACACUGACCCCUACACAGGCAACAAGAUCUCCCUCUUCCAGGCCAUGAAGAGAGACCUGAUAGUCAAGGACCACGGCAUCCGCCUGCUGGAGGCCCAGAUCGCCACCGGCGGCAUCAUCGACCCCGUGCACAGUCACCGCCUCCCCGUGGAGGUGGCUUACAAGCGGGGCUACUUCGACGAAGAGAUGAACCAGAUCCUCUCUGACCCCAGCGACGACACCAAGGGCUUCUUCGACCCCAACACGCACGAGAACCUCACCUACAUGCAGCUCCUCAGCAGAUGCGUCCCAGACCCAGACACGGGGCUCCUGAUGCUUCAGCUGAUGCACAAAGGCUCCGUGCUCUUCCAGCUAGAUGAAAAAACACGAAUCUCCUUACAGUCUGCCCCUGCCAGCAUCAGCGUGGGACUCUUCCAGGGGCAGAACGUGACCGUGUGGGAGCUUCUCUUCUCCAGAUACGUCCCUGACCAAAAAAGGCAGGAGCUUCUGAGGAAGUACAAAGCGGGGACACUAACCAUUCAGGAAAUGACAACCAUCAUCACCGCCUCAUCACCGAGGCAGAGCAAAGAGCAGCAGAGAGCCCAGGCACGUGAAAGUCCGAGCACGCAACGGGCAACGCCACAGAACGCCUUGAAGACUACGACAGUCGACGGGCCGGGGGGCGAGUUCCAAGGGCGAAAGGUCUCUGUGUGGGAUCUGCUCUUCUCCAAAUACGUCCUUGAAGAGAAAAGACAAGAGCUUCUAAAGAAGUACAAAGCAGGGACGCUAACCAUUCAAGAAAUGAUCACCGUCGUCACCACCCUCAUCACCGAGAGAGAGAAAAAGAGCGGCCAACAGCCCGGAGGCGUGGAAGGCCCCUGCCGAGAGGAGAGAACAUCCGGGAGAGCUGCCAGCGCCCCUUCUCCACAGGACCAACAAGCGGAAAAGACUCUCCGGCUCGCGACCGUCGAUGUAUCGGUCGGCGAGUUCCAAGGGCGAAAGGUCUCCGUGUGGGAACUUCUCUUCUCCAAAUACCUCUCGGAAGAGAAAAGGCAGGAGCUCCUGGAGCAGUACCGAGCAGGGACGGUGACUCUGGAGGAGCUGGUCAGAACCCUCACCACCAUCGUUGAGGAGACAGAAGAGAGAAGCAGCAAAGUGAAGUUCUCAGGCCUCAGGAGGCAGGUGACUGCCUCAGAGCUGUUCAGCUCUGACAUUAUUGACCAGAACACGCUGACUGAACUCACCCAGGGCACCAAGACGGUGCAGGAGAUCACGGAAAUGGAUUCCGUAAAGAGAUACCUCGAAGGAACUAGCUGCAUCGCCGGAGUCCUUGUGCCGCCCAACACGGACCCGUCCAAGACAGAGAAGAUGAGCAUCUACCAGGCCAUGGGGAAGGGGAUUCUGAGGCCGGGCACCGCGCUGGUGCUGCUGGAGCAGGCUGCCAGCGGCUUUAUCACUGACCCGCUGAAGAACGAGAAGCUGUCCGUCGAUGAAGCCGUCUCCGCCGGCCUGGUGGGCCGUGAGAUUCACGAGAAGCUGCUCUCUGCAGAGAGAGCAGUGACCGGAUACACUGACCCCUACACAGGCAACAAGAUCUCCCUCUUCCAGGCCAUGAAGAGAGACCUGAUAGUCAAGGACCACGGCAUCCGCCUGCUGGAGGCCCAGAUCGCCACCGGCGGCAUCAUCGACCCCGUGCACAGUCACCGCCUCCCCGUGGAGGUGGCUUACAAGCGGGGCUACUUCGACGAAGAGAUGAACCAGAUCCUCUCUGACCCCAGCGACGACACCAAGGGCUUCUUCGACCCCAACACGCACGAGAACCUCACCUACAUGCAGCUCCUCAGCAGAUGCGUCCCAGACCCAGACACGGUCCUGAUGCUUCAGCUGAUGCACAAAGGCUCCGUGCUCUUCCAGCUAGAUGAAAAAACACGAAUCUCCUUACAGUCUGCCCCUGCCAGCGUCAGCGUGGGACUCUUCCAGGGGCAGAACGUGACCGUGUGGGAGCUUCUCUUCUCCAGAUACGUCCUGACCAAAAAGGCAGGAGCUUCUGAGGAAGUACAAAGCGGGACGCUAACCAUUCAGGAAAUGACAACCAUCAUCACCGCCUCAUCACCGAGGCAGAGCAAAAGAGCAGCCUUGAAGACUACGACAGUCGACGGGCCGGGGGGCGAGUUCCAAGGGCGAAAGGUCUCUGUGUGGGAUCUGCUCUUCUCCAAAUACGUCCUUGAAGAGAAAAGACAAGAGCUUCUAAAGAAGUACAAAGCAGCGCUAACCAUUCAAGAAAUGAUCACCGUCGUCACCACCCUCAUCACCGAGAGAGAGAAAAAGAGCGGCCAACAGCCCGGAGGCGUGGAAGGCCCCUGCCGAGAGGAGAGAACAUCCGGGAGAGCUGCCAGCGCCCCUUCUCCACAGGACCAACAAGCGGAAAAGACUCUCCGGCUCGCGACCGUCGAUGUAUCGGUCGGCGAGUUCCAAGGGCGAAAGGUCUCCGUGUGGGAACUUCUCUUCUCCAAAUACCUCUCGGAAGAGAAAAGGCAGGAGCUCCUGGAGCAGUACCGAGCAGGGACGGUGACUCUGGAGGAGCUGGUCAGAACCCUCACCACCAUCGUUGAGGAGACAGAAGAGAGAAGCAGCAAAGUGAAGUUCUCAGGCCUCAGGAGGCAGGUGACUGCCUCAGAGCUGUUCAGCUCUGACAUUAUUGACCAGAACACGCUGACUGAACUCACCCAGGGCACCAAGACGGUGCAGGAGAUCACGGAAAUGGAUUCCGUAAAGAGAUACCUCGAAGGAACUAGCUGCAUCGCCGGAGUCCUUGUGCCGUCCAACACGGACCCGUCCAAGACAGAGAAGAUGAGCAUCUACCAGGCCAUGGGGAAGGGGAUUCUGAGGCCGGGCACCGCGCUGGUGCUGCUGGAGGCGCAGGCUGCCAGCGGCUUUAUCACUGACCCGCUGAAGAACGAGAAGCUGUCCGUCGAUGAAGCCGUCUCCGCCGGCCUGGUGGGCCGUGAGAUUCACGAGAAGCUGCUCUCUGCAGAGAGAGCAGUGACCGGAUACACUGACCCCUACACAGGCAACAAGAUCUCCCUCUUCCAGGCCAUGAAGAGAGACCUGAUAGUCAAGGACCACGGCAUCCGCCUGCUGGAGGCCCAGAUCGCCACCGGCGGCAUCAUCGACCCCGUGCACAGUCACCGCCUCCCCGUGGAGGUGGCUUACAAGCGGGGCUACUUCGACGAAGAGAUGAACCAGAUCCUCUCUGACCCCAGCGACGACACCAAGGGCUUCUUCGACCCCAACACGCACGAGAACCUCACCUACAUGCAGCUCCUCAGCAGAUGCGUCCCAGACCCAGACACGGGGCUCCUGAUGCUUCAGCUGAUGCACAAAGGCUCCGUGCUCUUCCAGCUAGAUGAAAAAACACGAAUCUCCUUACAGUCUGCCCCUGCCAGCGUCAGCGUGGGACUCUUCCAGGGGCAGAACGUGACGUGGGAGCUUCUCUCCAGAUACGUCCCUGACCAAAAAAGGCAGGAGCUUCUGAGGAAGUACAAAGCGGGGACGCUAACCAUUCAGGAAAUGACAACCAUCAUCACCGCCCUCAUCACCGAGGCAGAGCAAAAGAGCAGCAGAGAGCCCAGGCACUCGACGGGCCGGGGCGAGUUCCAAGGGCGAAAGGUCUCUGUGUGUGAUCUGCUCGUCUCCAAACCCCUCCAUGAAGAGAAAAGACACGAGCUUCUAAAGCAGUACAAACCAGGGACGCUAACCAUUCAAGAAAUGAUCACCGUCGUCACCACCCUCAUCACCGAGAGAGAGAAAAAGAGCGGCCAACAGCCCGGAGGCGUGGAAGGCCCCUGCCGAGAGGAGAGAACAUCCAGGAGAGCUGCCAGCGCCCCCUCUCCACAGGACCAACAAGCGGAAAAGACUCUCCGGCUCGCGACCGUCGAUGUAUCGGUCGGCGAGUUCCAAGGGCGAAAGGUCUCCGUGUGGGAACUUCUCUUCUCCAAAUACCUCUCGGAAGAGAAAAGGCAGGAGCUCCUGGAGCAGUACCGAGCAGGGACGGUGACUCUGGAGGAGCUGGUCAGAACCCUCACCACCAUCGUUGAGGAGACAGAAGAGAGAAGCAGCAAAGUGAAGUUCUCAGGCCUCAGGAGGCAGGUGACUGCCUCAGAGCUGUUCAGCUCUGACAUUAUUGACCAGAACACGCUGACUGAACUCACCCAGGGCACCAAGACGGUGCAGGAGAUCACGGAAAUGGAUUCCGUAAAGAGAUACCUCGAAGGAACUAGCUGCAUCGGAGUCCUUGUGCCGCCCAACACGGACCCGUCCAAGACAGAGAAGAUGAGCAUCUACCAGGCCAUGGGGAAGGGGAUUCUGAGGCCGGGCACCGCGCUGGUGCUGCUGGAGGCGCAGGCUGCCAGCGGCUUUAUCACUGACCCGCUGAAGAACGAGAAGCUGUCCGUCGAUGAAGCCGUCUCCGCCGGCCUGGUGGGCCGUGAGAUUCACGAGAAGCUCUCUGCAGAGAGAGCAGUGACCGGAUACACUGACCCCUACACAGGCAACAAGAUCCUCUUCCAGGCCAUGAAGAGAGACCUGAUAGUCAAGGACCACGGCAUCCGCCUGCUGGAGGCCCAGAUCGCCACCGGCGCAUCAUCGACCCGUGCACAGUCACCGCCUCCCGUGGAGGUGGCUUACAAGCGGGCUACUGACGAAGAGAUGAACCAGAUCCUCUCUGACCCCAGCGACGACACCAAGGGCUUCUUCGACCCCAACACGCACGAGAACCUCACCUACAUGCAGCUCCUCAGCAGAUGCGUCCCAGACCCAGACACGGGGCUCCUGAUGCUUCAGCUGAUGCACAAAGGCUCCGUGCUCUUCCAGCUAGAUGAAAAAACACGAAUCUCCUUACAGUCUGCCCCUGCCAGCGUCAGCGUGGGACUCUCAGGGCAGAACGUGACCGUGUGGGAGCUUCUCUUCUCCAGAUACGUCCCUGACCAAAGGCAGGAGCUUCUGAGGAAGUACAAAGCGGCGCUAACCAUUCAGGAAAUGACAACCAUCAUCACCGCCUCAUCACCGAGGCAGAGCAAAGAGCAGCAGAGAAGAGAUGAAAAACGGGAGAAGGCCUUGAAGACUACGACAGUCGACGGGCCGGGGGGCGAGUUCCAAGGGCGAAAGGUCUCUGUGUGGGAUCUGCUCUUCUCCAAAUACGUCCUUGAAGAGAAAAGACAAGAGCUUCUAAAGAAGUACAAAGCAGCGCUAACCAUUCAAGAAAUGAUCACCGUCGUCACCACCCUCAUCACCGAGAGAGAGAAAGAGCGGCCAACAGCCGGAGGCGUGGAAGGCCCCUGCCGAGAGGAGAGAACAUCCGGGAGAGCUGCCAGCGCCCCUUCUCCACAGGACCAACAAGCGGAAAAGACUCUCCGGCUCGCGACCGUCGAUGUAUCGGUCGGCGAGUUCCAAGGGCGAAAGGUCUCCGUGUGGGAACUUCUCUUCUCCAAAUACCUCUCGGAAGAGAAAAGGCAGGAGCUCCUGGAGCAGUACCGAGCAGGACUGACUCUGGAGGAGCUGGUCAGAACCCUCACCACCAUCGUUGAGGAGACAGAAGAGAGAAGCAGCAAAGUGAAGUUCUCAGGCCUCAGGAGGCAGGUGACUGCCUCAGAGCUGUUCAGCUCUGACAUUAUUGACCAGAACACGCUGACUGAACUCACCCAGGGCACCAAGACGGUGCAGGAGAUCACGGAAAUGGAUUCCGUAAAGAGAUACCUCGAAGGAACUAGCUGCAUCGGAGUCCUUGUGCCGUCCAACACGGACCCGUCCAAGACAGAGAAGAUGAGCAUCUACCAGGCCAUGGGGAAGGGGAUUCUGAGGCGGGCACGCGCUGGUGCUGCUGGAGCGCAGGCUGCCAGCGGCUUUAUCACUGACCCGCUGAAGAAGCAGCUGUCCGUCGAUGAAGCCGUCUCCGCCCGGCCUGGUGGGCCGUGAGAUUCACGAAGCUGCUCUCUGCAGAGAGCAGUGACCGGAUACACUGACCCUACACAGCAACAAGAUCUCCUCUUCCAGGCCAUGAAGAGAGACCUGAUAGUCAAGGACCACGGCAUCCGCCUGCUGGAGGCCCAGAUCGCCACCGGCGGCAUCAUCGACCCCGUGCACAGUCACCGCCUCCCCGUGGAGGUGGCUUACAAGCGGGGCUACUUCGACGAAGAGAUGAACCAGAUCCUCUCUGACCCCAGCGACGACACCAAGGGCUUCUUCGACCCCAACACGCACGAGAACCUCACCUACAUGCAGCUCCUCAGCAGAUGCGUCCCAGACCCAGACACGGGGCUCCUGAUGCUUCAGCUGAUGCACAAAGGCUCCGUGCUCUUCCAGCUAGAUGAAAAAACACGAAUCUCCUUACAGUCUGCCCCUGCCAGCGUCAGCGUGGGACUCUUCCAGGGGCAGAACGUGACCGUGUGGGAGCUUCUCUUCUCCAGAUACGUCCCUGACCAAAAAAGGCAGGAGCUUCUGAGGAAGUACAAAGCGGGGACGCUAACCAUUCAGGAAAUGACAACCAUCAUCACCGCCCUCAUCACCGAGGCAGAGCAAAAGAGCAGCAGAGAGCCCAGGCACGCCUUGAAGACUACGACAGUCGACGGGCCGGGGGGCGAGUUCCAAGGGCGAAAGGUCUCUGUGUGGGAUCUGCUCUUCUCCAAAUACGUCCUUGAAGAGAAAAGACAAGAGCUUCUAAAGAAGUACAAAGCAGGGACGCUAACCAUUCAAGAAAUGAUCACCGUCGUCACCACCCUCAUCACCGAGAGAGAGAAAAAGAGCGGCCAACAGCCCGGAGGCGUGGAAGGCCCCUGCCGAGAGGAGAGAACAUCCGGGAGAGCUGCCAGCGCCCCUUCUCCACAGGACCAACAAGCGGAAAAGACUCUCCGGCUCGCGACCGUCGAUGUAUCGGUCGGCGAGUUCCAAGGGCGAAAGGUCUCCGUGUGGGAACUUCUCUUCUCCAAAUACCUCUCGGAAGAGAAAAGGCAGGAGCUCCUGGAGCAGUACCGAGCAGGGACGGUGACUCUGGAGGAGCUGGUCAGAACCCUCACCACCAUCGUUGAGGAGACAGAAGAGAGAAGCAGCAAAGUGAAGUUCUCAGGCCUCAGGAGGCAGGUGACUGCCUCAGAGCUGUUCAGCUCUGACAUUAUUGACCAGAACACGCUGACUGAACUCACCCAGGGCACCAAGACGGUGCAGGAGAUCACGGAAAUGGAUUCCGUAAAGAGAUACCUCGAAGGAACUAGCUGCAUCGCCGGAGUCCUUGUGCCGUCCAACACGGACCCGUCCAAGACAGAGAAGAUGAGCAUCUACCAGGCCAGGAAGGGGAUUCUGAGGCCGGGCACGCGCUGGUGCUGCUGGGCGCAGGCUGCCAGCGGCUUUAUCACUGACCCGCUGAAGAACGAGAAGCUGUCCGUCGAUGAAGCCGUCUCCGCCCGGCCUGGUGGGCCGUGAGAUUCACGAAGCUGCUCUCUGCAGAGAGCAGUGACCGGAUACACUGACCCCUACACAGGCAACAAGAUCUCCCUCUUCCAGGCCAUGAAGAGAGACCUGAUAGUCAAGGACCACGGCAUCCGCCUGCUGGAGGCCCAGAUCGCCACCGGCGGCAUCAUCGACCCCGUGCACAGUCACCGCCUCCCCGUGGAGGUGGCUUACAACGGGCUACUUGACGAAGAGAUGAACCAGAUCCUCUCUGACCCCAGCGACGACACCAAGGGCUUCUUCGACCCCAACACGCACGAGAACCUCACCUACAUGCAGCUCCUCAGCAGAUGCGUCCCAGACCCAGACACGGGGCUCCUGAUGCUUCAGCUGAUGCACAAAGGCUCCGUGCUCUUCCAGCUAGAUGAAAAAACACGAAUCUCCUUACAGUCUGCCCCUGCCAGCGUCAGCGUGGGACUCUCAGGGCAGAACGUGACCGUGUGGGAGCUUCUCUUCUCCAGAUACGUCCCUGACCAAAAAAGGCAGGAGCUUCUGAGGAAGUACAAAGCGGGGACGCUAACCAUUCAGGAAAUGACAACCAUCAUCACCGCCCUCAUCACCGAGGCAGAGCAAAAGAGCAGCAGAGAGCCCAGGCACGCCUUGAAGACUACGACAGUCGACGGGCCGGGGGGCGAGUUCCAAGGGCGAAAGGUCUCUGUGUGGGAUCUGCUCUUCUCCAAAUACGUCCUUGAAGAGAAAAGACAAGAGCUUCUAAAGAAGUACAAAGCAGGGACGCUAACCAUUCAAGAAAUGAUCACCGUCGUCACCACCCUCAUCACCGAGAGAGAGAAAAAGAGCGGCCAACAGCCCGGAGGCGUGGAAGGCCCCUGCCGAGAGGAGAGAAUCCGGAGAGCUGCCAGCGCCCCUUCUCCACAGGACCAACAAGCGGAAAAGACUCUCCGGCUCGCGACCGUCGAUGUAUCGGUCGGCGAGUUCCAAGGGCGAAAGGUCUCCGUGUGGGAACUUCUCUUCUCCAAAUACCUCUCGGAAGAGAAAAGGCAGGAGCUCCUGGAGCAGUACCGAGCAGGGACGGUGACUCUGGAGGAGCUGGUCAGAACCCUCACCACCAUCGUUGAGGAGACAGAAGAGAGAAGCAGCAAAGUGAAGUUCUCAGGCCUCAGGAGGCAGGUGACUGCCUCAGAGCUGUUCAGCUCUGACAUUAUUGACCAGAACACGCUGACUGAACUUACCCAGGGCACCAAGACGGUGCAGGAGAUCACGGAAAUGGAUUCCGUAAAGAGAUACCUCGAAGGAACUAGCUGCAUCGCCGGAGUCCUUGUGCCGUCCAACAUGGACCCGUCCAAGACAGAGAAGAUGAGCAUCUACCAGGCCAUGGGGAAGGGGAUUCUGAGGCCGGGCACCGCGCUGGUGCUGCUGGAGGCGCAGGCUGCCAGCGGCUUUAUCACUGACCCGCUGAAGAACGAGAAGCUGUCCGUCGAUGAAGCCGUCUCCGCCGGCCUGGUGGGCCGUGAGAUUCACGAGAAGCUGCUCUCUGCAGAGAGAGCAGUGACCGGAUACACUGACCCCUACACAGGCAACAAGAUCUCCCUCUUCCAGGCCAUGAAGAGAGACCUGAUAGUCAAGGACCACGGCAUCCGCCUGCUGGAGGCCCAGAUCGCCACCGGCGGCAUCAUCGACCCCGUGCACAGUCACCGCCUCCCCGUGGAGGUGGCUUACAACGGGCUACUUGACGAAGAGAUGAACCAGAUCCUCUCUGACCCCAGCGACGACACCAAGGGCUUCUUCGACCCCAACACGCACGAGAACCUCACCUACAUGCAGCUCCUCAGCAGAUGUGUCCCAGACCCAGACACGGGGCUCCUGAUGCUUCAGCUGAUGCACAAAGGCUCCGUGCUCUUCCAGCUAGAUGAAAAAACACGAAUCUCCUUACAGUCUGCCCCUGCCAGCGUCAGCGUGGGACUCUUCCAGGGGCAGAACGUGACCGUGUGGGAGCUUCUCUUCUCCAGAUACGUCCCUGACCAAAAAAGGCAGGAGCUUCUGAGGAAGUACAAAGCGGGGACGCUAACCAUUCAGGAAAUGACAACCAUCAUCACCGCCCUCAUCACCGAGGCAGAGCAAAAGAGCAGCAGAGAGCCCAGGCACAAGGCCUUGAAGACUACGACAGUCGACGGGCCGGGGGGCGAGUUCCAAGGGCGAAAGGUCUCUGUGUGGGAUCUGCUCUUCUCCAAAUACGUCCUUGAAGAGAAAAGACAAGAGCUUCUAAAGAAGUACAAAGCAGGGACGCUAACCAUUCAAGAAAUGAUCACCGUCGUCACCACCCUCAUCACCGAGAGAGAGAAAAAGAGCGGCCAACAGCCCGGAGGCGUGGAAGGCCCCUGCCGAGAGGAGAGAACAUCCGGGAGAGCUGCCAGCGCCCCUUCUCCACAGGACCAACAAGCGGAAAAGACUCUCCGGCUCGCGACCGUCGAUGUAUCGGUCGGCGAGUUCCAAGGGCGAAAGGUCUCCGUGUGGGAACUUCUCUUCUCCAAAUACCUCUCGGAAGAGAAAAGGCAGGAGCUCCUGGAGCAGUACCGAGCAGGGACGGUGACUCUGGAGGAGCUGGUCAGAACCCUCACCACCAUCGUUGAGGAGACAGAAGAGAGAAGCAGCAAAGUGAAGUUCUCAGGCCUCAGGAGGCAGGUGACUGCCUCAGAGCUGUUCAGCUCUGACAUUAUUGACCAGAACACGCUGACUGAACUCACCCAGGGCACCAAGACGGUGCAGGAGAUCACGGAAAUGGAUUCCGUAAAGAGAUACCUCGAAGGAACUAGCUGCAUCGCCGGAGUCCUUGUGCCGUCCAACACGGACCCGUCCAAGACAGAGAAGAUGAGCAUCUACCAGGCCAUGGGGAAGGGGAUUCUGAGGCCGGGCACCGCGCUGGUGCUGCUGGAGGCGCAGGCUGCCAGCGGCUUUAUCACUGACCCGCUGAAGAACGAGAAGCUGUCCGUCGAUGAAGCCGUCUCCGCCGGCCUGGUGGGCCGUGAGAUUCACGAGAAGCUGCUCUCUGCAGAAGCAGUGACCGGAUACACUGACCCCUACACAGGCAACAAGAUCUCCCUCUUCCAGGCCAUGAAGAGAGACCUGAUAGUCAAGGACCACGGCAUCCGCCUGCUGGAGGCCCAGAUCGCCACCGGCGGCAUCAUCGACCCCGUGCACAGUCACCGCCUCCCCGUGGAGGUGGCUUACAAGCGGGGCUACUUCGACGAAGAGAUGAACCAGAUCCUCUCUGACCCCAGCGACGACACCAAGGGCUUCUUCGACCCCAACACGCACGAGAACCUCACCUACAUGCAGCUCCUCAGCAGAUGCGUCCCAGACCCAGACACGGGGCUCCUGAUGCUUCAGCUGAUGCACAAAGGCUCCGUGCUCUUCCAGCUAGAUGAAAAAACACGAAUCUCCUUACAGUCUGCCCCUGCCAGCGUCAGCGUGGGACUCUUCCAGGAGAACGUGACCGUGUGGGAGCUUCUCUUCUCCAGAAACGUCCCUGACCAAAAAAGGCAGGAGCUACUGAUGAAUAACAAAGCGGGGACGCUAACCAUUCAGGAAAUGACAACCAUCAUCACCGCCCUCAUCACCGAGGCAGAGCAAAAGAGCAGCAGAGAGCCCAGGCACGUGAAAAGUCCGAGCACGCAACGGGCAACGUCACAGAACGCCGAGGCUGCCCGUUCGCAGAGAGAUGAAAAACGGGAGAAGGCCUUGAAGACUACGACAGUCGACGGGCCGGGGGGCGAGUUCCAAGGGCGAAAGGUCUCUGUGUGGGAUCUGCUCUUCUCCAAAUACGUCCUUGAAGAGAAAAGACAAGAGCUUCUAAAGAAGUACAAAGCAGGGACGCUAACCAUUCAAGAAAUGAUCACCGUCGUCACCACCCUCAUCACCGAGAGAGAAAAGAGCGGACCAACAAGCGGAAAAGACUCUCGGCUCGCGACCGUCGAUGUAUCGGUCGGCGAGUUCCAAGGGCGAAAGGUCUCCGUGUGGGAACUUCUCUUCUCCAAAUACCUCUCGGAAGAGAAAAGGCAGGAGCUCCUGGAGCAGUACCGAGCAGGGACGGUGACUCUGGAGGAGCUGGUCAGAACCCUCACCACCAUCGUUGAGGAGACAGAAGAGAGAAGCAGCAAAGUGAAGUUCUCAGGCCUCAGGAGGCAGGUGACUGCCUCAGAGCUGUUCAGCUCUGACAUUAUUGACCAGAACACGCUGACUGAACUUACCCAGGGCACCAAGACGGUGCAGGAGAUCACGGAAAUGGAUUCCGUAAAGAGAUACCUCGAAGGAACUAGCUGCAUCGCCGGAGUCCUUGUGCCGUCCAACAUGGACCCGUCAACAGAGAAGAUGAGCAUCUACCAGGCCAUGGGAAGGAUUCUGAGGCCGGGCACCGCUGGUGCUGCUGGAGCGCAGGCUGCCAGCGGCUUUAUCAGACCGCUGAAGAACGAGAAGCUGUCCGUCGAUGAAGCCGUCUCCGCCCGGCCUGGUGGGCCGUGAGAUUCACGAAGCUGCUCUCUGCAGAGAGCAGUGACCGGAUACAGACCCUACACAGGCAACAAGAUCUCCCUCUUCCAGGCCAUGAAGAGAGACCUGAUAGUCAAGGACCACGGCAUCCGCCUGCUGGAGGCCCAGAUCGCCACCGGCGGCAUCAUCGACCCCGUGCACAGUCACCGCCUCCCCGUGGAGGUGGCUUACAAGCGGGCUACUGACGAAGAGAUGAACCAGAUCCUCUCUGACCCCAGCGACGACACCAAGGGCUUCUUCGACCCCAACACGCACGAGAACCUCACCUACAUGCAGCUCCUCAGCAGAUGUGUCCCAGACCCAGACACGGGGCUCCUGAUGCUUCAGCUGAUGCACAAAGGCUCCGUGCUCUUCCAGCUAGAUGAAAAAACACGAAUCUCCUUACAGUCUGCCCCUGCCAGCGUCAGCGUGGGACUCUUCCAGGGGCAGAACGUGACCGUGUGGGAGCUUCUCUUCUCCAGAUACGUCCCUGACCAAAAAAGGCAGGAGCUUCUGAGGAAGUACAAAGCGGGGACGCUAACCAUUCAGGAAAUGACAACCAUCAUCACCGCCCUCAUCACCGAGGCAGAGCAAAAGAGCAGCAGAGAGCCCAGGCACGUGAAAAGUCCGAGCACGCAACGGGCAACGUCACAUAACGCCGAGGCUGCCCGUUCGCAGAGAGAUGAAAAACGGGAGAAGGCCUUGAAGACUACGACAGUCGACGGGCCGGGGGGCGAGUUCCAAGGGCGAAAGGUCUCUGUGUGGGAUCUGCUCUUCUCCAAAUACAUCCUUGAAGAGAAAAGACAAGAGCUUCUAAAGAAGUACAAAGCAGGGACGCUAACCAUUCAAGAAAUGAUCACCGUCGUCACCACCCUCAUCACCGAGAGAGAGAAAAAGAGCGGCCAACAGCCCGGAGGCGUGGAAGGCCCCUGCCGAGAGGAGAGAACAUCCGGGAGAGCUGCCAGCGCCCCUUCUCCACAGGACCAACAAGCGGAAAAGACUCUCCGGCUCGCGACCGUCGAUGUAUCGGUCGGCGAGUUCCAAGGGCGAAAGGUCUCCGUGUGGGAACUUCUCUUCUCCAAAUACCUCUCGGAAGAGAAAAGGCAGGAGCUCCUGGAGCAGUACCGAGCAGGGACGGUGACUCUGGAGGAGCUGGUCAGAACCCUCACCACCAUCGUUGAGGAGACAGAAGAGAGAAGCAGCAAAGUGAAGUUCUCAGGCCUCAGGAGGCAGGUGACUGCCUCAGAGCUGUUCAGCUCUGACAUUAUUGACCAGAACACGCUGACUGAACUCACCCAGGGCACCAAGGCGGUGCAGGAGAUCACGGAAAUGGAUUCCGUAAAGAGAUACCUCGAAGGAACUAGCUGCAUCGGAGUCCUUGUGCCGUCCAACACGGACCCGUCCAAGACAGAGAAGAUGAGCAUCUACCAGGCCAGGAAGGGGAUUCUGAGGCCGGGCACCGCGCUGGUGCUGCUGGCGCAGGCUGCCAGCGGCUUUAUCACUGACCCGCUGAAGAACGAGAAGCUGUCCGUCGAUGAAGCCGUCUCCGCCGGCCUGGUGGGCCGUGAGAUUCAGAAGCUGCUCUCUGCAGAGAGAGCAGUGACCGGAUACACUGACCCCUACACAGGCAACAAGAUCUCCCUCUUCCAGGCCAUGAAGAGAGACCUGAUAGUCAAGGACCACGGCAUCCGCCUGCUGGAGGCCCAGAUCGCCACCGGCGGCAUCAUCGACCCCGUGCACAGUCACCGCCUCCCCGUGGAGGUGGCUUACAACGGGCUACUUGACGAAGAGAUGAACCAGAUCCUCUCUGACCCCAGCGACGACACCAAGGGCUUCUUCGACCCCAACACGCACGAGAACCUCACCUACAUGCAGCUCCUCAGCAGAUGCGUCCCAGACCCAGACACGGGGCUCCUGAUGCUUCAGCUGAUGCACAAAGGCUCCGUGCUCUUCCAGCUAGAUGAAAAAACACGAAUCUCCUUACAGUCUGCCCCUGCCAGCGUCAGCGUGGGACUCUUCCAGGGGCAGAACGUGACCGUGUGGGAGCUUCUCUUCUCCAGAUACGUCCCUGACCAAAAAAGGCAGGAGCUUCUGAGGAAGUACAAAGCGGGGACGCUAACCAUUCAGGAAAUGACAACCAUCAUCACCGCCCUCAUCACCGAGGCAGAGCAAAAGAGCAGCAGAGAGCCCAGGCACGUGAAAAGUCCGAGCACGCAACGGGCAACGUCACAGAACGCCGAGGCUGCCCGUUCGCAGAGAGAUGAAAAACGGGAGAAGGCCUUGAAGACUACGACAGUCGACGGGCCGGGGCGAGUUCAAGGGCGAAAGGUCUCUGUGUGGGAUCUGCUCUUCUCCAAAUACAUCCUUGAAGAGAAAAGACAAGAGCUUCUAAAGAAGUACAAAGCAGGGACGCUAACCAUUCAAGAAAUGAUCACCGUCGUCACCACCCUCAUCACCGAGAGAGAGAAAAAGAGCGGCCAACAGCCCGGAGGCGUGGAAGGCCCCUGCCGAGAGGAGAGAACAUCCGGGAGAGCUGCCAGCGCCCCUUCUCCACAGGACCAACAAGCGGAAAAGACUCUCCGGCUCGCGACCGUCGAUGUAUCGGUCGGCGAGUUCCAAGGGCGAAAGGUCUCCGUGUGGGAACUUCUCUUCUCCAAAUACCUCUCGGAAAAAAGGCAGGAGCUCCUGGAGCAGUACCGAGCAGGGACGGUGACUCUGGAGGAGCUGGUCAGAACCCUCACCACCAUCGUUGAGGAGACAGAAGAGAGAAGCAGCAAAGUGAAGUUCUCAGGCCUCAGGAGGCAGGUGACUGCCUCAGAGCUGUUCAGCUCUGACAUUAUUGACCAGAACACGCUGACUGAACUUACCCAGGGCACCAAGACGGUGCAGGAGAUCACGGAAAUGGAUUCCGUAAAGAGAUACCUCGAAGGAACUAGCUGCAUCGCCGGAGUCCUUGUGCCGUCCAACAUGGACCCGUCCAAGACAGAGAGGAUGAGCAUCUACCAGGCCAUGGGGAAGGGGAUUCUGAGGCCGGGCACCGCGCUGGUGCUGCUGGAGGCGCAGGCUGCCAGCGGCUUUAUCACUGACCCGCUGAAGAACGAGAAGCUGUCCGUCGAUGAAGCCGUCUCCGCCGGCCUGGUGGGCCGUGAGAUUCACGAAGCUGCUCUGCAGAGAGCAGUGACCGGAUACACUGACCCCUACACAGGCAACAAGAUCUCCCUCUUCCAGGCCAUGAAGAGAGACCUGAUAGUCAAGGACCACGGCAUCCGCCUGCUGGAGGCCCAGAUCGCCACCGGCGGCAUCAUCGACCCCGUGCACAGUCACCGCCUCCCCGUGGAGGUGGCUUACAAGCGGGGCUACUUCGACGAAGAGAUGAACCAGAUCCUCUCUGACCCCAGCGACGACACCAAGGGCUUCUUCGACCCCAACACGCACGAGAACCUCACCUACAUGCAGCUCCUCAGCAGAUGCGUCCCAGACCCAGACACGGGGCUCCUGAUGCUUCAGCUGGCCGAGGCUGCCCGUUCGCAGAGAGAUGAAAAACGGGAGAAGGCCUUGAAGACUACGACAGUCGACGGGCCGGGGGGCGAGUUCCAAGGGCGAAAGGUCUCCGUGUGGGAACUUCUCUUCUCCAAAUACCUCUCGGAAGAGAAAAGGCAGGAGCUCCUGGAGCAGUACCGAGCAGGGACGGUGACUCUGGAGGAGCUGGUCAGAACCCUCACCACCAUCGUUGAGGAGACAGAAGAGAGAAGCAGCAAAGUGAAGUUCUCAGGCCUCAGGAGGCAGGUGACUGCCUCAGAGCUGUUCAGCUCUGACAUUAUUGACCAGAACACGCUGACUGAACUCACCCAGGGCACCAAGACGGUGCAGGAGAUCACGGAAAUGGAUUCCGUAAAGAGAUACCUCGAAGGAACUAGCUGCAGCGGAGUCCUUGUGCCGUCCAACACGGACCCGUCCAAGACAGAGAAGAUGAGCAUCUACCAGGCCAUGGGGAAGGGGAUUCUGAGGCCGGGCACCGCGCUGGUGCUGCUGGCGCAGGCUGCCAGCGGCUUUAUCACUGACCCGCUGAAGAACGAGAAGCUGUCCGUCGAUGAACCGUCUCCGCCCGGCCUGGUGGGCCGUGAGAUUCACGAGAAGCUGCUCUCUGCGAGAGCAGUGACCGGAUACACUGACCCCUACACAGGCAACAAGAUCUCCCUCUUCCAGGCCAUAAGAGACCUGAUAGUCAAGGACCACGGCAUCCGCCUGCUGGAGGCCCAGAUCGCCACCGGCGGCAUCAUCGACCCGUGCACAGUCACCGCCUCCCGUGGAGGUGGCUUACAAGCGGGCUACUUCGGCGAAGAGAUGAACCAGAUCCUCUCUGACCCCAGCGACGACACCAAGGGCUUCUUCGACCCCAACACGCACGAGAACCUCACCUACAUGCAGCUCCUCAGCAGAUGCGUCCCAGACCCAGACACGGGGCUCCUGAUGCUUCAGCUGAUGCACAAAGGCUCCGUGCUCUUCCAGCUAGAUGAAAAAACACGAAUCUCCUUACAGUCUGCCCCUGCCAGUCGUGGGACUCUUCCAGGGCAGAACGUGACCGUGUGGGAGCUUCUCUUCUCCAGAUACGUCCCUGACCAAAAGGCAGGAGCUUCUGAGGAAGUACAAAGCGGGACGCUAACCAUUCAGGAAAUGACAACCAUCAUCACCGCCCUCAUCACCGAGGCAGAGCAAAGAGCAGCAGAGAGCCCAGGCACGUGAAAAGUCCGAGCACGCAACGGGCAACGCCACAGAACGCCGAGGCUGCCCGUUCGCAGAGAGAUGAAAAAGCGGGAGAAGGCCUUGAAGACUACGACAGUCGACGGGCCGGGGGGCGAGUUCCAAGGGCGAAAGGUCUCUGUGUGGGAUCUGCUCUUCUCCAAAUACGUCCUUGAAGAGAAAAGACAAGAGCUUCUAAAGAAGUACAAAGCAGGGACGCUAACCAUUCAAGAAAUGAUCACCGUCGUCACCACCCUCAUCACCGAGAGAGAGAAAAAGAGCGGCCAACAGCGGAGGCGUGGAAGGCCCCUGCCGAGAGGAGAGAACAUCCGGAGAGCUGCCAGCGCCCCUUCUCCACAGGACCAACAAGCGGAAAAGACUCUCCGGCUCGCGACCGUCGAUGUAUCGGUCGGCGAGUUCCAAGGCGAAAGGUCUCCGUGAGAACUUCUCUUCUCCAAAUACCUCUCGGAAGAGAAAAGGCAGGAGCUCCUGGAGCAGUACCGAGCAGGGACGGUGACUCUGGAGGAGCUGGUCAGAACCCUCACCACCAUCGUUGAGGAGACAGAAGAGAGAAGCAGCAAAGUGAAGUUCUCAGGCCUCAGGAGGCAGGUGACUGCCUCAGAGCUGUUCAGCUCUGACAUUAUUGACCAGAACACGCUGACUGAACUCACCCAGGGCACCAAGACGGUGCAGGAGAUCACGGAAAUGGAUUCCGUAAAGAGAUACCUCGAAGGAACUAGCUGCAUCGCCGGAGUCCUUGUGCCGUCCAACACGGACCCGUCCAAGACAGAGAAGAUGAGCAUCUACCAGGCCAUGGGGAAGGGGAUUCUGAGGCCGGGCACCGCGCUGGUGCUGCUGGAGGCGCAGGCUGCCAGCGGCUUUAUCACUGACCCGCUGAAGAACGAGAAGCUGUCCGUCGAUGAAGCCGUCUCCGCCGGCCUGGUGGGCCGUGAGAUUCAGAAGCUGCUCUCUGCAGAGAGAGCAGUGACCGGAUACACUGACCCCUACACAGGCAACAAGAUCUCCCUCUUCCAGGCCAUGAAGAGAGACCUGAUAGUCAAGGACCACGGCAUCCGCCUGCUGGAGGCCCAGAUCGCCACCGGCGGCAUCAUCGACCCCGUGCACAGUCACCGCCUCCCCGUGGAGGUGGCUUACAAGCGGGGCUACUUCGACGAAGAGAUGAACCAGAUCCUCUCUGACCCCAGCGACGACACCAAGGGCUUCUUCGACCCCAACACGCACGAGAACCUCACCUACAUGCAGCUCCUCAGCAGAUGCGUCCCAGACCCAGACACGGGGCUCCUGAUGCUUCAGCUGAUGCACAAAGGCUCCGUGCUCUUCCAGCUAGAUGAAAAAACACGAAUCUCCUUACAGUCUGCCCCUGCCAGCGUCAGCGUGGGACUCUUCCAGGGGCAGAACGUGACCGUGUGGGAGCUUCUCUUCUCCAGAUACGUCCCUGACCAAAAAAGGCAGGAGCUUCUGAGGAAGUACAAAGCGGGGACGCUAACCAUUCAGGAAAUGACAACCAUCAUCACCGCCCUCAUCACCGAGGCAGAGCAAAAGAGCAGCAGAGAGCCCAGGCACGUGAAAAGUCCGAGCACGCAACGGGCAACGUCACAGAACGCCGAGGCUGCCCGUUCGCAGAGAGAUGAAAAACGGGAGAAGGCCUUGAAGACUACGACAGUCGACGGGCCGGGGGGCGAGUUCCAAGGGCGAAAGGUCUCUGUGUGGGAUCUGCUCUUCUCCAAAUACGUCCUUGAAGAGAAAAGACAAGAGCUUCUAAAGAAGUACAAAGCAGGGACGCUAACCAUUCAAGAAAUGAUCACCGUCGUCACCACCCUCAUCACCGAGAGAGAGAAAAAGAGCGGCCAACAGCCCGGAGGCGUGGAAGGCCCCUGCCGAGAGGAGAGAACAUCCGGGAGAGCUGCCAGCGCCCCUUCUCCACAGGACCAACAAGCGGAAAAGACUCUCCGGCUCGCGACCGUCGAUGUAUCGGUCGGCGAGUUCCAAGGGCGAAAGGUCUCCGUGUGGGAACUUCUCUUCUCCAAAUACCUCUCGGAAGAGAAAAGGCAGGAGCUCCUGGAGCAGUACCGAGCAGGGACGGUGACUCUGGAGGAGCUGGUCAGAACCCUCACCACCAUCGUUGAGGAGACAGAAGAGAGAAGCAGCAAAGUGAAGUUCUCAGGCCUCAGGAGGCAGGUGACUGCCUCAGAGCUGUUCAGCUCUGACAUUAUUGACCAGAACACGCUGACUGAACUCACCCAGGGCACCAAGACGGUGCAGGAGAUCACGGAAAUGGAUUCCGUAAAGAGAUACCUCGAAGGAACUAGCUGCAUCGCCGAGUCCUUUGCCGUCCAACACGGACCCGUCAAGACAGAGAAGAUGAGCAUCUACCAGGCCAUGGGGAAGGGAUUUGAGGCCGGGCACGCGCUGGUGCUGCUGGAGGCGCAGGCUGCCAGCGGCUUUAUCACUGACCCGCUGAAGAACGAGAAGCUGUCCGUCGAUGAAGCCGUCUCCGCCGCCGCCUGGUGGGCCGUGAGAUUCACGAAGCUGCUCUCUGCAGAGAGAGCAGACGGAUACACUGACCCCUACACAGGCAACAAGAUCCUCUUCCAGGCCAUGAAGAGAGACCUGAUAGUCAAGGACCACGGCAUCCGCCUGCUGGAGGCCCAGAUCGCCACCGGCGCAUCAUCGACCCGUGCACAGUCACCGCCUCCCGUGGAGGUGGCUUACAAGCGGGGCUUUGACGAAGAGAUGAACCAGAUCCUCUCUGACCCCAGCGACGACACCAAGGGCUUCUUCGACCCCAACACGCACGAGAACCUCACCUACAUGCAGCUCCUCAGCAGAUGCGUCCCAGACCCAGACACGGGGCUCCUGAUGCUUCAGCUGAUGCACAAAGGCUCCGUGCUCUUCCAGCUAGAUGAAAAAACACGAAUCUCCUUACAGUCUGCCCCUGCCAGCGUCAGCGUGGGACUCUUCCAGGGGCAGAACGUGACCAUGUGGGAGCUUCUCUUCUCCAGAUACGUCCUGACCAAAAAGGCAGGAGCUUCUGAGGAAGUACAAAGCGGGGCGCUAACCAUUCAGGAAAUGACAACCAUCAUCACGCCCUCAUCACCGAGGCAGAGCAAAGAGCAGCAGAGAGCCCAGGCACGUGAAAAGUCCGAGCACGCAACGGGCAACAAGGCCUUGAAGACUACGACAGUCGACGGGCCGGGGGGCGAGUUCCAAGGGCGAAAGGUCUCUGUGUGGGAUCUGCUCUUCUCCAAAUACAUCCUUGAAGAGAAAAGACAAGAGCUUCUAAAGAAGUACAAAGCAGGGACGCUAACCAUUCAAGAAAUGAUCACCGUUGUCACCACCCUCAUCACCGAGAGAGAAAAGAGCGCCAACAGCCCGGAGGCGUGGAAGGCCCCUGCCGAAGGAGAGAACAUCCGGGAGAGCUGCCAGCGCCCUUCUCCACAGGACCAACAAGCGGAAAAGACUCUCCGGCUCGCGACCGUCGAUGUAUCGGUCGGCGAGUUCCAAGGGCGAAAGGUCUCCGUGUGGGAACUUCUCUUCUCCAAAUACCUCUCGGAAGAGAAAAGGCAGGAGCUCCUGGAGCAGUACCGAGCAGGGACGGUGACUCUGGAGGAGCUGGUCAGAACCCUCACCACCAUCGUUGAGGAGACAGAAGAGAGAAGCAGCAAAGUGAAGUUCUCAGGCCUCAGGAGGCAGGUGACUGCCUCAGAGCUGUUCAGCUCUGACAUUAUUGACCAGAACACGCUGACUGAACUCACCCAGGGCACCAAGACGGUGCAGGAGAUCACGGAAAUGGAUUCCGUAAAGAGAUACCUCGAAGGAACUAGCUGCAUCGCCGGAGUCCUUGUGCCGUCCAACACGGACCCGUCCAAGACAGAGAAGAUGAGCAUCUACCAGGCCAUGGGGAAGGGGAUUCUGAGGCCGGGCACCGCGCUGGUGCUGCUGGAGGCGCAGGCUGCCAGCGGCUUUAUCACUGACCCGCUGAAGAACGAGAAGCUGUCCGUCGAUGAAGCCGUCUCCGCCGGCCUGGUGGGCCGUGAGAUUCACGAGAAGCUGCUCUCUGCAGAGAGAGCAGUGACCGGAUACACUGACCCCUACACAGGCAACAAGAUCUCCCUCUUCCAGGCCAUGAAGAGAGACCUGAUAGUCAAGGACCACGGCAUCCGCCUGCUGGAGGCCCAGAUCGCCACCGGCGGCAUCAUCGACCUGCACAGUCACCCUCCCGUGGAGGUGGCUUACAAGCGGGCUACUGACGAAGAGAUGAACCAGAUCCUCUCUGACCCCAGCGACGACACCAAGGGCUUCUUCGACCCCAACACGCACGAGAACCUCACCUACAUGCAGCUCCUCAGCAGAUGCGUCCCAGACCCAGACACGGGGCUCCUGAUGCUUCAGCUGAUGCACAAAGGCUCCGUGCUCUUCCAGCUAGAUGAAAAAACACGAAUCUCCUUACAGUCUGCCCCUGCCAGCGUCAGCGUGGGACUCUUCCAGGGGCAGAACGUGACGUGGGAGCUUCUCUUCUCCAGAUACGUCCCUGACCAAAAAAGGCAGGAGCUUCUGAGGAAGUACAAAGCGGGGACGCUAACCAUUCAGGAAAUGACAACCAUCAUCACCGCCCUCAUCACCGAGGCAGAGCAAAAGAGCAGCAGAGAGCCCAGGCACGUGAAAAGUCCGAGCACGCAACGGGCAACGUCACAGAACGCCGAGGCUGCCCGUUCGCAGAGAGAUGAAAAACGGGAGAAGGCCUUGAAGACUACGACAGUCGACGGGCCGGGGGGCGAGUUCCAAGGGCGAAAGGUCUCUGUGUGGGAUCUGCUCUUCUCCAAAUACGUCCUUGAAGAGAAAAGACAAGAGCUUCUAAAGAAGUACAAAGCAGGGACGCUAACCAUUCAAGAAAUGAUCACCGUUGUCACCACCCUCAUCACCGAGAGAGAGAAAAAGAGCGGCCAACAGCCCGGAGGCGUGGAAGGCCCCUGCCGAGAGGAGAGAACAUCCGGGAGAGCUGCCAGCGCCCCUUCUCCACAGGACCAACAAGCGGAAAAGACUCUCCGGCUCGCGACCGUCGAUGUAUCGGUCGGCGAGUUCCAAGGGCGAAAGGUCUCCGUGUGGGAACUUCUCUUCUCCAAAUACCUCUCGGAAGAGAAAAGGCAGGAGCUCCUGGAGCAGUACCGAGCAGGGACGGUGACUCUGGAGGAGCUGGUCAGAACCCUCACCACCAUCGUUGAGGAGACAGAAGAGAGAAGCAGCAAAGUGAAGUUCUCAGGCCUCAGGAGGCAGGUGACUGCCUCAGAGCUGUUCAGCUCUGACAUUAUUGACCAGAACACGCUGACUGAACUCACCCAGGGCACCAAGACGGUGCAGGAGAUCACGGAAAUGGAUUCCGUAAAGAGAUACCUCGAAGGAACUAGCUGCAUCGCCGGAGUCCUUGUGCCGUCCAACACGGACCCGUCAACAGAGAAGAUGAGCAUCUACCAGGCCAUGGGGAAGGGGAUUCUGAGGCCGGGCACCGCGCUGGUGCUGCUGGAGGCGCAGGCUGCCAGCGGCUUUAUCACUGACCCGCUGAAGAACGAGAAGCUGUCCGUCGAUGAAGCCGUCUCCGCCGGCCUGGUGGGCCGUGAGAUUCACGAGAAGCUGCUCUCUGCAGAGAGAGCAGUGACCGGAUACACUGACCCCUACACAGGCAACAAGAUCUCCCUCUUCCAGGCCAUGAAGAGAGACCUGAUAGUCAAGGACCACGGCAUCCGCCUGCUGGAGGCCCAGAUCGCCACCGGCGGCAUCAUCGACCCCGUGCACAGUCACCGCCUCCCCGUGGAGGUGGCUUACAAGCGGGGCUACUUCGACGAAGAGAUGAACCAGAUCCUCUCUGACCCCAGCGACGACACCAAGGGCUUCUUCGACCCCAACACGCACGAGAACCUCACCUACAUGCAGCUCCUCAGCAGAUGCGUCCCAGACCCAGACACGGGGCUCCUGAUGCUUCAGCUGAUGCACAAAGGCUCCGUGCUCUUCCAGCUAGAUGAAAAAACACGAAUCUCCUUACAGUCUGCCCCUGCCAGCGUCAGCGUGGGACUCUUCCAGGGGCAGAACGUGACCGUGUGGGAGCUUCUCUUCUCCAGAUACGUCCCUGACCAAAAAAGGCAGGAGCUUCUGAGGAAGUACAAAGCGGGGACGCUAACCAUUCAGGAAAUGACAACCAUCAUCACCGCCCUCAUCACCGAGGCAGAGCAAAAGAGCAGCAGAGAGCCCAGGCACGUGAAAAGUCCGAGCACGCAACGGGCAACGUCACAGAACGCCGAGGCUGCCCGUUCGCAGAGAGAUGAAAAACGGGAGAAGGCCUUGAAGACUACGACAGUCGACGGGCCGGGGGGCGAGUUCCAAGGGCGAAAGGUCUCUGUGUGGGAUCUGCUCUUCUCCAAAUACGUCCUUGAAGAGAAAAGACAAGAGCUUCUAAAGAAGUACAAAGCAGGGACGCUAACCAUUCAAGAAAUGAUCACCGUCGUCACCACCCUCAUCACCGAGAGAGAAAAGAGCGCCAACAGCCCGGAGGCGUAAGGCCCUGCCGAGAGGAGAGAACAUCCGGGAGAGCUGCCAGCGCCUUCUCCACAGGACCAACAAGCGGAAAAGACUCUCCGGCUCGCGACCGUCGAUGUAUCGGUCGGCGAGUUCCAAGGGCGAAAGGUCUCCGUGUGGGAACUUCUCUUCUCCAAAUACCUCUCGGAAGAGAAAAGGCAGGAGCUCCUGGAGCAGUACCGAGCAGGGACGGUGACUCUGGAGGAGCUGGUCAGAACCCUCACCACCAUCGUUGAGGAGACAGAAGAGAGAAGCAGCAAAGUGAAGUUCUCAGGCCUCAGGAGGCAGGUGACUGCCUCAGAGCUGUUCAGCUCUGACAUUAUUGACCAGAACACGCUGACUGAACUCACCCAGGGCACCAAGACGGUGCAGGAGAUCACGGAAAUGGAUUCCGUAAAGAGAUACCUCGAAGGAACUAGCUGCAUCGGAGUCCUUGUGCCGUCCAACACGGACCCGUCCAAGACAGAGAAGAUGAGCAUCUACCAGGCCAUGGGGAAGGGGAUUCUGAGGCCGGGCACCGCGCUGGUGCUGCUGGAGGCGCAGGCUGCCAGCGGCUUUAUCACUGACCCGCUGAAGAACGAGAAGCUGUCCGUCGAUGAAGCCGUCUCCGCCGGCCUGGUGGGCCGUGAGAUUCACGAGAAGCUGCUCUCUGCAGAGAGAGCAGUGACCGGAUACACUGACCCCUACACAGGCAACAAGAUCUCCCUCUUCCAGGCCAUGAAGAGAGACCUGAUAGUCAAGGACCACGGCAUCCGCCUGCUGGAGGCCCAGAUCGCCACCGGCGGCAUCAUCGACCCCGUGCACAGUCACCGCCUCCCCGUGGAGGUGGCUUACAAGCGGGGCUACUUCGACGAAGAGAUGAACCGGAUCCUCUCUGACCCCAGCGACGACACCAAGGGCUUCUUCGACCCCAACACGCAUGAGAACCUCACCUACAUGCAGCUCCUCAGCAGAUGCGUCCCAGACCCAGACACGGGGCUCUGUUUGCUGAAAGUGGGGAUGGACUAAUUAUAUUUCAUUUUAUCACUCUGAUCCCAGUUUUGUUUUGUUUUGCAAAUAGCACUUUUCAUCCCUUUGUCUCCACUCUUUCUGUCUCUGUGAGCACUGGAAUUCUGUCCCUCUAAUUGUGUGGUGAAGUUCCCAGCAUGCUUUGCAGGAGAAAGGUCUUAGUGAGUCUUCUCUUUAUUAUCACCCCCUUUUAUGCAGGACUGUUCACUAGCUGCUUGCUGUGGAAUACCAUGUUAUUUGUCUCCCAGGUUGUGCGGGAUAUUGGGUCCCUGAUUUGUACAGUGCUCAGGGUCAUGCGGGAAUCGUACAGAAUAACCUUAGGGAAUCUCAGGUAACGUGCAAUCCCUGUGAUGCUCCUGGACCAAUUAGCGCAUCGUGACCACUGUGGGAAGGAAAAGCACUCCGCGUACGCUAGUUUAAGGGAGGAAGGGCUGGAUCUUCUCUUUAGAGUUUCUGCUCAGGAUAGUUCUAGAACUGGAAUUCCAAAAUUUAUGCAGGUCAGAGUUGAGGUGCAGGAGCUGAGCCGUGGGUGGGCUAACCCUGGACUGGAGUGGCGGGGGAGACUGUGGAUCUGGACUGAGGAGUAGCAGCAGCAGAGCUGGGUGAAAGUCAGAACUGGAAGAUCAUGGGGACUUGGGGGGAGUGUGGUGUAUUGACGAGUAGCAGAGGGGUGCACAGCAUUGGCCUGCACUAGUCUAGUCGAUUAGAUUUAGUUUCUCCAGGUGCAAUCCUUCCUGAGUGAUCCAAUCCUAUGUGAGUCCUUAGCUGGGAUAUUGUGUCCCUCCCGUUACAAGCACUAGACUCACUCACAAACAUAGUAGUAUGUUGUUUUCAAAGUCCCCCUUCCUGCCUGACAGCUGCCCUCGAGCUGAGCUCUGUGGAAUCUAGCCAGGAGCUGAGGAAUCACGAGGCAAAUUUUCAUAAGGGUUUGUUUAUUCAAACUUGGGUUUCCAACAUGCACUUUUCAGUGGAGCAGCCAGAAGUAAAGGGGCCUUUCCCCUCUGACAGGGCAUUUCCAGACAUCUCGACCCCAGCCUCAGCUUCUCUGCUCCUUCCAACUCCUGAGCUCGCUUUGCCAAUGUUCUAUGCCUGCUCGGAGCCUCCCUGGGGCAAGGGCCACGUGCUGCCCAUGCCGCAUUCACCCAGAAGAAAUGUUUCCUGCACUGGGGUUUGUCACAGGGGGUGCCCAGGCGCUGACUAGCUCUCCUGACGCAAUAAAGGGAAUCUUUC